UUCGUCCGUCACGUGACCAGACUUUUUCACGUCGUAACGUGCUGUCGAGGUUUGCGCCUACAACACAGCUGCCGACGAACAUCCGGGUAUUCUGUCGAGAUGGUCAUGGCGGAGGGUACUGCAGUUCUCAGGAGGAAUCGGCCUGGAACCAAGGCAAAGGAUUUCUACAACUGGCCGGAUGAAUCCUUUGAGGAGAUGGACAGCACCCUCGCUGUCCAACAGUACAUUCAGCAGAACAUUCGAUCAGAUUGCUCCAAUAUCGAUAAAAUCCUGGAACCGCCAGAAGGUCAGGACGAGGGAGUGUGGAAGUAUGAGCACCUCAGGCAAUUCUGUCUGGAGCUCAAUGGACUAGCAGUAAAACUGCAGGUAAGCUGUGCAGCUCACCAGAUACACAAAUCUGUGCACUUGUCAUUAAGGAAUUUGACUGAAGCAAUUGAGAUUUUAGCGAGUGGCCAUCCAGACACAUGCACCCAGAUGACAGCCACAGACAGUGGAUCGUUUUAUUGUGCUGCCCACAAGACACCCAAAGAGUGCCCUGCCAUUGAUUAUACCAGGCACACGCUGGACGGAGCUGCCUGUCUUCUCAAUAGCAACAAGUACUUCCCAGCAGUGAGCAUCAAAGAGUCGUCUGUGGCCAAGCUGGGCUCUGUCUGUCGUCGCAUAUAUAGGAUAUUCUCUCAUGCCUACUUCCAUCACCGCCAGAUAUUUGACAAGUAUGAGAACGAGACGUUCCUGUGUCACCGGUUCACACGCUUUGUUAUGAAGUACAAUCUGAUGUCCAAGGACAACCUGAUUGUGCCCAUCCUGGAGGAGGAAGUGCAGAACACCUCAUCAGCUGGGGAGAGCGAGGCCUAAGACACAGCUGCUGCCAUAAGGG